CUGUCGUACAAAUAUUCAUUUUGAAUCACAACUUUUAAAAGUUUUCAUUUAUUUCUUAAACUUCGCGUCGAAUCAAACUAUCUCGACGGGAGAAAGUAAUACAUAAAAGGACUAAAAUUAAAGGGACUAUUUUUAAACCAAACCUCAAACAUAAAGGACCAUUUUUGCUAUCUACAAAAAACACUUUUUUUCCACCAAUAAAUUGCUCUACACAGUACCCAAAAAAAAAAAACUACAAAUAAAUUUGCAGAACUUGAAACAUUCUUCAAAAAUUCAAAAUUGAGAGUCACUUGAGUGAGAUUUCAUCUCAAGUUUCUCUCACAUUUUGAACUUAUAUAAAAAAUGCCCAAAAAAAUUUCCCCUGUUUUUCAGAAAGUUACAAAUCUACUAAACAUGUCAAUUUUCUUAGCAAAAAUGAGAAAACCUCUGAAAAAAGUGAAGAAAUUUAGUAUUCUGAAGCAUUAUAGUUAUGGGUAUAUUCAAGAAUACCAGUUUUCUCCUUCGAAUACAUCAUUGAUUCAUUUCUAUAAUAGAAAAAAAUCAUUCAGAAAACAGAGGAGUUACAGAGAUAUAUGCUCUGUUUUCUUUAUUUCGAGAUGUUUGGGAAUGGCGAAAUGCGAAGGAGAUGAGAAAAAGAGAAGGUACCCAGUGUUGGAGUUGGAGAGAUUAGGUUCCAUGGAAGAAUUUGCAGAUUUUCAUGGCGAUGAUGGCGACGACAACGAUGAUGAUGAUUCGGUUGAUGAGAGAGCUGAGAAGUUUAUUGAAAGGUUUUAUCAAGAAAUUAAAUUGCAAAGACAAGAAUCAUUUUUGGAGAAGUUUAAUGCAAUGGUUGAGAAUUGAUGAGAGCUCGACGCGGAAUUAGAAUUUUAAGUUUACGAACUUUAGGAAAAAUGGUUAUUAGAUUUCUAAAUGGAUUUUUUAACAAAACAUAAAGCUAUUAAAUUCUGUUGAACCUUUAGCUCGCUAGCUCACAAUGAGCUUUUCGUUUUUAAAAUUUUUUUUAAUUAUGUUUAUCUUUUUUGAUGGUUUUAUAAUUUUUUUUAAAAGAAAUUUUAUUUUUGGUGUUUUGGGUGUGGGUAGGAUUGUGAUGAUAUUAUUUAUAUUUGAUUUAUUGUGCUCCACAUUGGUUUUAAUGGCUGUGGAGAUAUUGUUGUUUAUUUAUUUAUAUUUAUAUCUGUAAUGUUUUUGUUGUUUAAUAAUUUUGUGAGCUUGUUGUAUCAAAAUAUGUAAAUUGAAAUGGAUUACUUUCUCAUUUUA